UGGACAACGACGAACCGUUGGGUCUCAGAGGGUAGGGUAUUCGUGAGGAGUUUAGACUUUUUGAGGCUUUUUGCUCAAACCAAUGUAACGGCAAUUCAUUUGUUUAAAUAGAAAACCAAAGUGAUAAUAAAAAAAAAAUGAUUACAGAAUAUGAGAAGCCUUUAAGUUUCAAACCUGGACAUCAGUGCUUAUAAGCUACUUGGAUGCUGUAUACUUGUUUUUAUUAUUCCUUGUUCGCUAACUUUAUCGAUUUUACGCCAGCAGCUGAGUCCUUGAGAAGAGUGCGAAAAGCAUUGACCACCCACAAGCCCUUUUUGGACAAAUACACAGAUUAGAAGAGAAAAUUGAAAAAGUGCCACAUCGUAAUAGAUGCUAAUUGAAUCCUAUCGGGAUACAGUCUUUGAAUUUGUUGCUCAUUGUGCCAUGAAGCGCCAAAACGUUCGGACCCUGUCGCUAGUUGUUUGUACCUUCACUUAUCUUCUAAUCGGAGCAGCUGUCUUCGAUUCUUUGGAAUCCACGACAGAAGCCAAGCGAUGGGAUUUCUUACAAGCCGUGAAGAACAACUUCGUAAAGAAAUACAAUGUUACCGCUGAGGAUUUCCGUGUAAUGGAGAUUGUGAUUAUUGAAAAUAAGCCACAUAAAGCUGGACCACAAUGGAAAUUUGCAGGAGCCUUCUAUUUCAGUACAGUAGUGCUGGCUAUGAUAGGUUAUGGUCACUCCACUCCGGUUACGAUACCCGGCAAAGCGUUUUGCAUGGGUUAUGCCAUGGUGGGUAUACCUCUAGGCCUGGUCAUGUUCCAGUCGAUUGGUGAACGUUUAAAUAAAUUCGCCUCGGUUAUUAUACGGCGCGCCAAAAGAGCAAGUGGCGCCCGAUGCACUGAUGCCACGGAAAUGAAUCUCAUGUUGGCCACUGGAAUGUUAUCAUCGAUUAUAAUAACAACGGGAGCAGCUGUAUUCUCGCGCUAUGAGGGCUGGAGCUAUUUUGAUAGUUUCUAUUAUUGUUUUGUCACAUUGACCACCAUUGGCUUUGGUGAUUAUGUGGCCCUGCAAAACGACCAAGCCUUGACUAACAAACCAGGCUAUGUGGCGCUCAGUUUGGUCUUCAUUCUCUUUGGACUGGCUGUGGUGGCUGCCAGCAUUAAUUUGCUAGUGCUGCGUUUCAUGACCAUGCAAGCCGAGGAUGCCAAACGAGAUGAGCAGGAUGCCCAGAAUUUGGCAGGAAAUGUUCAACCGGUUACCUUUGAUGAUGAGUCCACAUAUAAUAUGCAUGGCAAGCUUCUCGAGAAUAACUAUACCAAUGAGAAUGAUGAGACGGCAUCGUUAUGCUCUUGCACCUGCAUGGGUGGCACCCGUUGCCUAAACCAUGAACAAUUUGUCGAUCCCGAUUUUCAACCCACAGACAUAAUUGAGAGCACACUUUGCCUAAAGCGUGCAUCUGUCUGAUAUAACGCCUUCUGGUAGUAAGGUGAAAUUUUGUAUGGACAGCUCAACAAACUAAAAACCAGUAAAUUAUAAAUAACAAUCUGUAAUCCUGUAGAGAAUCAACCACCAGAAGAACUACUCUUUGGUUGUUAGAACAAAUUCUUCUUCCCACACUUAUACACAUACGAUAUGUAGAUUACAUAUACAAUAUUUUUUUCUAACUAUUUAGAGUCUCCUACAAAAAAAAACCUCAUGGGUUCUAUAUUGAAAAUAUGUACUAAUAAUAGUAGAAUUGAAUAAAAGGACUUUGAUUCGCUUUUAUGAAUUCGGUUAAUAAUAUUUUCAAUAUUUCUUGAACCAAUAGUCGGGUUAAAAUCGCCAAAAACCUUUUAUGUUAAACAUGACUGUUUAUUAUACUUAUCUAAAUCAGAUAUUUACAAUUCAAUUGUGUAUGAAUGCUUUUUAACUUACUCUUAAAUGAUUUCCUUAAACCUAAGAAUUGUAUAAUUAACUGAUGUCUAUAGUUAUCGAAGAAUAUUAAAGAUUAUUUGAACAUUAAACAAUCGACAAUGUUAGCCCGCCCUAUCUGUCAUUUGUUUUUGACUUUAACGAAUUGUAAGUUUUUUUUUUCCAAAUAUUAUCAAAUCCUAGUAGCCUGGUUUGAAAACUUCCUGAGCUGCCGUUUUCAUAGUAGUCAGUCAAUCGUCCAUAUCCAGCUAGUCUACUCCCAUAUGUAUAUACGGCAGGUAACGAAAAACUAAAAUUAUUCGUACAAAAA